AUGGCUAUGCAAGUUGCUGAACGCUUGUAUACUCAAGGGACAUUUGCUAAUUACCCAACAUGGGGCACACUUGGUGCCCAAGUAAAUAACCCAACAUGGGGUAGUUAUGUUCAGAGGCUGCUUGCUGAUGGUUAUCAAAAGCCACGAUCCGGGACAGAUGUAGGUGACCAUCCUCCUGUUACUCCAUUGAGGUCUGCAACUGAGGACAUGCUAGGAAAUGAUGCUUGGAGACUAUACGAGUACAUUUGUACACACUUCAUAGGGACUGUAUCUCCUGACUGCAAAUAUGUAAGGUAA